AUGUAUAAGGAAAUUACUUUCUAAAGAAUAUCUACUUCUUAAAUGUAAACAGAUGAAUUAAAAAAAAAGUAUAUUCUCUAAAAGAUUUUAGGCUAUGGUCAAUAUGGGUAUAUUUUAUUAUUAUUCUUAGAACUGUAUAUAAAGGUGUAAAUUAGCGCACCUAAGAAACAGUUGCUAUUAAAGAAUUACGCCAUAGCAAUGCUGAUUAAGGGGUUUGAUAUAUUAUUUUAUACAAGAUUAAUGUAUAAGCCUUAAGAGAAAUUGAAAUACUUAAAUCCAUCAGAUGUCAACAAAUUGUCUCUUUUAAAGAUUUAGCAUGGGGAUAAAAUAGAACUUACAUAAUUAUGGAAUAUAUGGAAGAAGAUUUAUUAACAGCUUUAAGAAGAGAUACUUUCUCAGAACAAUAAUCCAAAAUCAUCAUGUUUUAAGUUCUUUAAGGCUUGGCUUACCUACACAAUUAAGGAAUUAUCCAUAGAGAUAUAAAACGUAUAUAUAUACAUUACUAAUUUUAGCUAACAAUAUUUUAUACAGAAACUUGGAAAUUAAAAUAUGUGAUUUGGGAAUGGCUCAAAAUUUAAAUAAACAAAAGCCACAAACAACCCGAAUUCAAAAUCAUUCAUACAGGGCUCCAGAAGUGUUCCUUGGUUUAUUAAAUGACUAAUAUUAGGUUAAAAAUAUUGCUCUAAGGUUGAUGUUUGGUCUGCAGGAGUGCUAUUUAUUUAAUUGCUCUUUAAAAACAAUCCAUUUUAAGGAUAAUCUGAACUCGCAAGUUUUAAAUAAAUUCUAAAAUAUUGUGGAACUCCAAACGAAGGUAUAUUUCUAAAUGAUAACAUAGAAAAUUGGAUAGGUGUGACUUCCUUCAAAAAUUACUCUACUCUCAUAAAUGGAGAUCCACAACCAAGAAUACUUUAAAAUUUACUUGAAAAAAAAAUGUCUCCAUUAUUAAUAAAUCUAAUUGAUUAAAUGCUUACUCUUGAUCCUUCCAAAAGAAUAACUGCUUCAGAGGCUCUUUAACAUCCUUAUUUUUGUGGAAUGAAUAUUUAAAGGUAUUAUAUGUUAAUUUAUCCCUAUUACACAGAUGCCUUAAUAAAAUUUAGGCAAGCAGAAAAAAGGACAAAAAUGAAUCAUAAACUUAAACAGAUGUCUAUAAUUACCCUAAUGGAAACAAAAUAAUUGUAGUUUCGUAAAUCUUACAAAAAAGCAAAAAUUGCUUUUGA